GCCUUACACCUCCCUAGGCAGGUGCUCUACCAUUUGAACCACCAGCACUUGAGUUCAAACUCCAGUACCAACCCCCCUUCAAAAAAGAAUAAAAGGAAUGAUAACAAUUUGGACCAUUAACCUGAGUAUGGUGGUACAUACCUGUAGUUCCAGCGAUCAGAGGGCUGAGGUAGGAGAAUUGAAGAAUUCCAGGCCAGCCUGGCUACAUAAUAAGACUGUGUCUCAAAAAACAAAUAAGAAAACAAAACAAAAAAAAUGACAUUGUGCUAUUAAAGAGGACCUUAUUCUUGUAGUUAAAAUGGAUAGUUGAGAGUAUCAAACCGAUACAGUGUUCAGGCCACACUGCAUACAUUUUAGAGCAUAAUGCAAUCAUGUCAUUUUAAAUGUCAGUGUUUACAAUUCAGUGGAAAUUUUAUUUCACAAAUUAAAAUUAGGAUGAAAAAGUUAACAUGGUUCUGAGAAGGAUGCACAGCUUUUAAUGCCUCCUUUAGGGUAAUUCAGGUAAAAAAGUUGCAGAUCACGGUAUUAUGUAACAUUAUCAGUCUUCCCCAUGGGGUAGGUAGGUAUUACAUGAUUGUCUGCAAUUUACUCCCUGUGACAAAAGGUGGGAGUAGUUGAAUGGUUUGCUUAAGGCCACAACUAGGGAAUGGCUGAGUUGCAAUGUGAACCAGGCCUUUUGGAGUUCAAGCUCAGGGUGCCAUCUACUUCAUAGCGAUUCCUCUCUCUGAAGGUAACCAAAAUCCUUGCUGCUCAAAGUGUGGUCCGUGGACCAGCAGCUUCAGCAUCCAGAAGCUUGCUAGGAGUACAGAAUCUCAGGUUCCCAGCCUCCAACCCAGACCCACUGAGCCAAGGUCUGCAUUUGAACAAGCUCCUGGCUAAUUUGUAUGCACAUUAGGGUUUGGGAAGCUCUUCCCCAGAGCACAUUCUAUACCCUCCUCGCUCUGCUGCUGCCAGCUUGGCCUCAGGACCACUUAAUAGCCCUCUGGGAUGGUCAGGGCCCAGAGGUCCAGCUGUGCCAUUGUUGUGGUGGUCUGGUCGCAGUGGCAGUAGUGUUUGGGAACUUUGUCUUAUGUAUUGAAGAAUGAAAGUCAUGGAGAACAGGGUGAGCAAAAGAGCAGAGUCUUAAGCAGAGAAGAAAAGGUGAGUUUUAUUUAAGCAGAGAGAAAAAGGAAGUUGAAAAACUCCCAUAUGCAUGGGAGGAGUCUCAGAAAGUCUGACCCCCCCCCCAGCCUCUUCAUCUGGUGGUUUUUAUAAGGAUUUUAUUUCCUCGUUGAAGGGAAGCUGAUUGCGUCUCUGUGCUAUUGGUUUAUUCAUGGGUGUAUGCUAUCACUAGCCAGUGUGUUCCAUGGGGACACUGUGUGUGCCCCCCUUUCCCUUCCCAGUGGCCCUGAGGUCCAGUGCACUAGCUGGGCAUCUUUUCAGGGCAUGGUUCACAUACCAUUCAUAUGCUUCAGUAUUUCAAAAUCUGGGUUUCAAGACUCCCCAGACUUCUCAGACCUGUUUAUCUCAUCUGUGUGUCCUUGGUAAGUUCCGUUGAGUUUCCCCUGUCCCUGUUCUGCCUGACCAUUUUCUGUCUCCUAACUUCCGGUCUCCUAACUUCUCACCAUCUUUACACCAUUGCUCAGUGUGUUGAUGUAAGUGAGUAACCUUGUGUUCCCCUUCAACCCUUGUAGGCUGUUUGGCCUAGACAUUAAAGGCAGAGACUGUGGUGAUGAGGCAGCUCAGUGGUUCACGAACUACUUGAAAACAGAAGUGUACAGGUUGGUUCAAUUUGAAGCAAGCAUGAAGGGGAGAGCAUCAGAGAAAAUUUUCCCUUUUGUGCAGAAUUACCAGGUGGCCUAUCCAGACUGCAGCCCCAUCUUGAUGCUCUCGGAAGCCUCCCUGGCAGAUCUGAACACCAGGAUGGAGAAGAAAGCAAAAGUGGAGAACUUCAGGCCAAAUAUUGUGGUGACAGGCUGCCAUGCUUUUGAGGAGGACACCUGGGAUGAGCUCCUAAUUGGUGAUGUAGAAAUGAAAAAGAUACUGGCUUGUCCUAGGUGCAUCAUGACCACGGUGGACCCAGAUACUGGAGUCAUAGACAGAAAGGAGCCACUGGAAACCCUGAAGAG